AUGCUCAAAAGUAGACAGUUCUUUACAUUCUCAAACCUGAUAUAUUUUAUCGUCGUUCUGGACGUAUUCAGUCAUAUGUGCAUGUACUGUGCUGUUGGUGAAAUAUUAACAACUCAGUGUGACAAAAUCUACUAUGCUGUAUAUUUCAAUGAAUGGUAUACUUUGAAUGCAAGAAAUACUCGAGACUUAGUUCUUUUAAUGUUAAGAACCAGUAAACCUCUUUACCUUAACUUUGGUAAACUGUUUCCUUUAACAAUGGCUACAUUUUGCAAUCUAUUAAAAACGUCAGCCGGCUACAUAUCUGUAUUACUUACAACAGGGAGUCAAUCAAAGUUUUAA